AUGGCUACGCUUCCGCGCAGAGAUGGCAAGACUGCCUUAAACACGGGUGCUGCCAGUCGUCGGUUUAGUACCUCGAAAGGACCCACUGAUCAAGAAAUCAACUCGGCUGUGCAUCUUCAAUUCCGUCAGGCUCAUGAGGGACAUAAGCCACAUGCUGGACUUGAUCCUGCUCGUGCCUCGACCGGUGUGGUGUGGACGACGGAGAGAGCUUACGAGCGUGGCUAUGGUGACGACCCUCACGCAUGGGCCAAUCUUGGCCAGGGAGCGCCCGAAGUCGACGAUGAAAUCGAGGGAUGUUUCGAGAGGCCUCACACCAUCGACAUUUCCAUGACUGGACGUGAAUACGGUCCAACGGCAGGCAUCAAGCCCCUCCGUGAAGCUGUUGCUCACUUGUACAAUGAACAUCACCGUCAAGGAAAGGAGAGCAAAUACACCUGGGAGAACGUGUGUAUCGUCCCCGGAGGUCGUGCGGGUCUCAUUCGAAUCGCUGCUGUUCUGGGCAAUGCCUACUUGGGCUUCUUCAUUCCCGACUAUAYGGCCUACUCCGAGAUGCUGAGUCUGUUUAAGAAUUUUGCCGCCAUUCCGAUCCCUCUCAAGAAGGAAGAUGGGUACCAAAUUCAUGCCGAGAAGAUCGAAGAAGAGAUUGAGCGUGGCACGUCGGUGAUCAUAACAUCAAACCCUCGUAAUCCUACUGGUAAAAUGGUCCCUCGUGCCGAACUCGCUGAAAUCCAGGAUAUCGCUCGUGACCGAGCUACCCUUAUCAUGGACGAGUUCUACUGCGGCUACAAUUACACUACAGACUGCGAUGGAACUGUCAUCAGUGCAGCGGACAAUAUUGAUGACGUAGACGAAGACGACGUUCUCAUCAUCGAUGGUCUCACGAAACGUUUCCGCCUGCCAGGCUGGCGUGUAGCGUGGAUUGUUGGUCCGAAGGAGUUCGUCCGUGCUCUUGGCUCUUGCGGCUCCUAUCUCGACGGUGGUACCAAUGUCCCGUUCCAGGAAGCAGCUGUUUCCAUGCUGGAGCCCACCAAAGUCCGCCAUGAGAUGAAGGCUCUCCAAUCUCACUUCCGCAUGAAGCGCGACUAUGUCGUCGGCCGGUUGGAGGGCAUGGGUUUCCAGCUCGACUACACGCCUGACUCUACUUUCUACCUCUGGCUUAACCUGGAGCAACUUCCCAAGGAGAUCAACGACGGUCUGAACUUCUUCUCCGCGUGUUUGGAAGAGAAGGUCAUUGUCGUUCCGGGUAUCUUCUUCGACCUCAAUCCCAGCAAAAGAAGGGAUUUGUUCGACAGUCCGGCUCAUCAUUACGUUCGGGUUUCGUAUGGACCAAGGAUGGAGGUGCUCAAGGCUGGCAUGGAUGGGUUUGAGAGGAUUCUGAAGAAGUAUAACUGCUUCCAGGAUGUUUCCAAGUAG